UGCUCAACGUCUAGAAACACGCACCAACUGCCCCAUUUCUCACGAGAUUAUCCCGUACUAAACCUGGUAGAAUUCACCACUACUUCCACCAAAAAAGAUUGGAUCUUUAUACCACCAUCAUUACUGGAAGUAGUCGCUGGUCCUCCCCACAUCGCUCCCCAGAGCCAGAAAGAUUUCGUCUUCGUUAGCAACUAGUAGCGCAGCUUGCUGGUGCCAAUCGCUGGCUCGCUUCUAGAACGCAUCUAGCCGGCCGGCCGGAAUUCGUGCGUGGACUUCCCCGACGCAGCCCACACGCUAGCACCCCCAGUCCAACACGCGCAGGAUUUCCUCCCGGAUUCUAUUUGAUUUCCAUCGAUUUUUCUUCGGAGGCGUCCUCUUCUUCGUUGAAUCCAUUCUUGUCCGUGGCCGGAAUCGGGAUUUGCCCCCCAAAUUAGCCUGCUUUAGCUAGCGUCUCGCCAUGGGCAACUGCUGCGGCGCGCCGUCGUCGCAGGGCAAGAACCGGCGGAAGCAGAAGGCGAACCCCUUCACGGUCGCCUACAACCGCCCCACCGGCGCCGCGCCGCGGGCGGGGCUGGUGGUGCUGCGGGACCCGACGGGGCGGGACCUCGAGGCGGGCCACGUGCUGGGCGGGGAGCUCGGCCGCGGCGAGUUCGGUGUCACCAAACUCUGCACGGACUCCGCCACGGGGGCGCGGAUGGCCUGCAAGUCCAUCUCCAAGCGCAAGCUGCGGACCCCCAUCGACGUGGAGGACGUGCGGCGGGAGGUGGAGAUCAUGCGCCACAUGCCGCCGCACCCAAACAUCGUCAGCCUCAGCGCCGCCUACGAGGACGAGGACGCCGUGCACCUCGUCAUGGAGCUCUGCGAGGGUGGCGAGCUCUUCGACAGGAUCGUCGCCAGGGGGCACUACACCGAGCGCGCCGCCGCGGCCGUCACACGCACCAUCGUCGAGGUGGUACAGACGUGUCACAGGAAUGGCGUCAUCCAUCGGGACCUCAAACCAGAGAAUUUCUUAUAUGCAAGCAAGAAGGAGAGCUCUCCUCUAAAGGCAAUUGAUUUUGGGCUAUCCGUAUUCUUCAGGCCUGGUGAACGAUUUACUGAAAUUGUAGGAAGUCCAUACUAUAUGGCCCCGGAGGUCUUAAAGCGCAACUAUGGGCCUGAAAUUGAUGUCUGGAGUGCAGGAGUUAUACUUUACAUACUUCUUUGUGGUGUGCCACCAUUUUGGGCAGAAACUGAACAGGGAGUAGCACAUGCGAUUAUACGAUCUGUAGUAGAUUUCAAAAGAGAACCAUGGCCUAGAGUAUCUGAGCCUGCUAAAGACCUUGUCAAGCGGAUGCUGGAUCCAAAUCCAUUGACACGGCUUACUGCAGCACAAGUACUUGAACAUCCAUGGUUACACGAUUCCAAAAAGAAUCCGGACAUUCAACUUGGUGAUGCUGUCCGAGCGAAGCUGCAGCAAUUUUCUGCAAUGAACAAGUUAAAGAAGAAAGCCUUGAGGGUCAUUGCUGAGCAUUUGUCGUUAGAGGAAGUAGCUGACAUAAAGGAAAUGUUUGAUAACAUGGAUGUAGGCAAGAACGGGAAACUAACCUUUGAGGAGUUCAAGGCUGGGCUCCGUAAACUUGGAAACAAAAUGCAUGAUUCAGAUCUUCGCAUGCUGAUGGAUGCUGCUGAUGUCGAUAAAAACGGCACCCUAGAUUAUGGAGAAUUUGUUACGGUGUCUGUCCAUGUCAAAAAAAUUAGCAGCGAAAAACAUAUCCAGGAGGCCUUCUCGUUCUUCGAUAAAAAUAAGAGUGGUUAUAUAGAAAUUGAAGAGCUUAGAGAAGCUUUGACUGACGAGUUGGAGGGACCUGCUGAUGAAGACAUUAUCAGUAGCAUCAUUCAUGAUGUAGAUACAGACAAGGACGGGAAGAUAAGCUUCGAAGAGUUCGCGGCGAUGAUGAAGGCAGGGACAGACUGGAGGAAGGCAUCCCGGCAAUACUCGCGGCAGAGGUUCACUAACCUGAGCCUGAAGCUUCACAAGGAUGGGUCCAUCAACGAUGAUGAUAGGAAGUAGACUGGACAGAAAUAUAGAGAUAGGAAGAUGCUGAUCUUCUCAAGUGUGAGAGUACAUAGUUGUUCUUCUGUGCCGGGGUUUGGUCUGUCAGGGUUUUUUUUCCCAGCUUGUUUUUAUUUUCUUUUCAUACAGUAAAUGAGUCGGCUAACUCUCAAUUCUUGGCUUUGUAAAGAUUAGCGUUUUGUGUCGUCGCCAUGUGGCGGCGAGAGCAGAGGUGUAUGUUUGCCCAGCUUGUAAGUAAAAUUCCUUCUAGUGUAAUGUAAAAAGUGGCGUGGAGAUUAUUUGUUUGAUAA